AUGUGGAGGCGAAAUAAUAUCAUGGCUCCGGUUUGGUGGUGCUGCCUUGUUGGGACCCCAUAUGCAUACUUUCGGAGCUUCGCUGGGGCCACCGGAAUGAAAAACAAACAGGAUUACGCCCUGAAGCUUGCAAGUGUCUCCUGUCUCGGGGAGGGUUUAGGCCAAUUAUAUCUGCAAUAUAUCUUGCCAGUUAAGGCGUUGCUGCACGAUGAUAAUCAAAAGACCCAGCUGGCGUUGAUCUCUCUCAUUGUCGGGUCGCCUCUCGUGUCUCUGGGUCGGUGUGUAAGUACAAACACAUCUCCCUACUCGUGUGCAUGUGUUUUUUAGUGUCUGCACUUUUGUCGGACACACACAGCGAACAAACUCUUGUGGUCCAUACGGGUGAGUUACCUUGACAGGUAUAUAGCGAUGAAUCCGAGCUCAAUUUGUGCGUGUCUGUUAAUCAGGAUGGACCGCCAACGUAUUCUGCGCCCUUGAUAGUCCUUGCAGUGAUGGGCUACCUACUAGUCCCUCGAAUCCUCCAAGUACAGUGAGAUGCUUGUGUGCAUAUGUAGUGUCUUCUUUAUUGGCUCUUUCCGAUUCAUCUCAGGCCAGAAUGAUUAAUUUUCGCAGCAAAGUCAUCAACUCGAUCAUGAUCGUCUCGUAA